CCCGAGUGAAUCGAUAGAACUGCGAGCGAGGCGAGUUGUCAGUCAGUGUGUGUGUCUGUGUGUGUGGUUUCUGCUAGUGCAAGAGAUAGGCUGAGAGAUCGUAUCCGCCGCCGGCAAUCACAGGGAUUACAAAGAGACCCGUGGGAAAUAUACGAUGAACCGCUUCAAAGCAUCCAAAUUCAAAAACACCACCCCGAAGAUCCCCAAGAAAGACGAGUGGAUCAGCGAUGUGCGGGCUGGCUCGGCUGCCUCCUGUGGGAACCACAUCAAAUCCAGCUGCAGCCUGAUCGCCUUCAACACGGAGCAGGGCGGUGGCGGAGUGCUGGGUCUGGUGUCUCUGGACAAUGGGAAUGAAGGGAAGCGCUCGGUGUCUCAGCUGCACUGUCACGCAGACCUGGUGACAGAUUUUGACUUUUCUCCGUUCGAUGACUUCCUGCUGGCUACAUGCUCUGCUGAUGAAACUGUGAAGGUGUGGCGGCUGCCGGAGUCUGGCCAGACCGUGCCCUCCUCCCCUGGGGUGACCCUGAGCCCCGGGGGGGGGCGAGUCGAGAACGUUCUCUUCCACCCCACCGCUGACGGAGUGCUGGCCACCAGUGCAGGCAGGGUCGCCACAGUCUGGGACGCGGCUCAGCAGAGUCAACUCGCAGCCCUGGAGGAUCACGGAGACCAGAUUCAGAGCCUCUCCUGGAAACAGGACGGCUCCCUCAUCGCCACGUCCUGCAAGGACAAGAAGCUGCGGAUCUUUGACCCCAGGGCUCAGCUGACAGCAGUGCAGAACGCUCAAGGCCUUCAGAACAACAAGGAUUCUCGAGUGAUCUGGAUUGGGGACACAGACAAUGUCCUGUGUGCUGGAUUUAACCAGAUGCGGGAGAGGGAGGUCCGGGUGUGGGAUGCCAGGAAGAUGGGUUCUUCGGUGGGCUCGGUGUCUCUGGAUACCUCCCCGGGGACUCUGAUUCCUCUCUUUGAUCCGGACACAGGUCUGCUGGUUCUGGCUGGAAUGGGUGACUGCGUCAUGCACUGCUUCGAGGUGACUGCCUCCCAGCCUGUCCUCUCACAAGUGAGCCAGUGCCUGACUGAGGCAGCGACCCGGGGCAUCGCCAUGGUACCCAAGCUGGCUGUUGAUGUCACUUCCUGUGAGGUGGUGCGAGUCCUGCAGCUGACCGACAGCUUCAUCGUGCCUGUCAGCUACAGCGUGCCACGCAAGUCAGGGCAGGAUUUCCACGGAGACCUCUAUCCAGACACCCCUGGAGACAGCCCUGCCCUGCCCGCAGAGGAGUGGUGGAGCGGGGGAAACAAACAGGUUAAGAAAGUGAGCCUCGACCCAGCCAAGCGACCAAUCAGGAGCUUCUCCUCCGCUGUCAUCCCCUGCUCCAUGGGAGGGGCCAAGCCGGAGCCAACCAAUCAGCCGACAAAGAAAGAACUGCCAAUAGAAAAGAAUAGGAAAGAGGAGGAUGCCAGCGGCCACUCCUCGUCCAGCAGCUCGCUGACCAGUCCCACCACUCCCUCCAGCCUGGUCCAGUCUCCCUCCACCCCCAGCGAGCCGUCCAGCGGCCUCGGCACCAGCUGUAGCCAGCGCUCCCUGCAGAACAUCCUGGGCCCCAGCUCAAAGCUCCGUCACACUCAAAGCCUGGUCCUGCACAGAGACACUCACAUCACCAACCUGAAGGGGCUGAACCUGACCACGCCCGGGGAGUGCGAUGGCUUCUGUGUGAACAGCAAGCGCGUGGCCGUGCCGCUGGCCAGCGCGGGGGGGCAGAUCGCCGUGCUCGAGCUCUCCCAGCCUGGCCGGCUUCCCGACUCUGCCAUCCCCACCAUCCAGAACGGAGUGGCUGUGGCAGACUUCUCUUGGGACCCCUUCGAGCCCCGGCGCCUGGCAGUGGCUGGGGAGGAUGCUAAGAUCCGAGUGUGGCUCGUUCCUGAAGGAGGUCUGAAGGAGACCAUCUCUGAGCCGCAGUGCAUCCUGCAGGGGCACACAGAGAAGAUUUACUCAGUCAAGUUUCACCCGCUGGCCUCCGGGAUCAUCGCCUCCUCCUCGUAUGACCUGACCGUGCGGCUCUGGGACCUGGGGUCUGGCCGGGAGGUCAGGGUGCUGCACGGUCACCAGGACCAGAUCUUCAGUCUAGCCUGGAGCCCGGACGGUCAGUUCCUGGCGACGGUCAGCAAGGACAGGAAGGUCCGGAUCUACGACCCCCGCAAGUCGACCGAGCCGACCCAGGAGGGUCCGGGUCCUGAGGGGGCUCGUGGAGCCCGACUGGUGUGGGUCUGUGCGGGGAAAUACCUGCUGGUGUCUGGCUUUGACAGCCGUAGCGAGCGGCAGAUCUAUCUGUACGCAGUGGGCUCGCUCUCCUCCGGACCCCUGGCCACAGUCAGCACGGACGUCUCCCCCUCCACUCUCAUCCCCUUCUACGAUGAAGACACCAGCACGGCCUUCCUCACUGGCAAGGGCGACACCAGAGUGUAUGUCUACGAGAUCACCCCGGAGUCGCCCCACUUCCUGGAGUGCAGCAGCUUCAACUCCAGUGACCCUCACAAGGCCUUCUCCUUCCUGCCCAAGCUGGAGUGUGACGUGCGGGAGGUGGAGUUCGCCAAGGCGCUGCGACUGAGCAAGACCUCCAUCGAGCCCGUCGUCUUCCGAGCCCCGCGAGUGAAGAAGGAGUACUUCCAGGAUGAUCUGUUCCCUGAGACAGCAGUGUGGUGGGAGCCGGCUCUCUCCGCCUCAGCCUGGCUCUCCGGAUCCAACGGGCAGCACCGCAAGAUCAGCCUGCAGCCCAAAGGCAUGACCCCCGUGAGCGAGGCCCCGAAGGAAGCUCCAGUCAGGAAGUACGCCCCGUCGUCUGUGUACCUGGAGGAGAAGAGUGAUGAGCAGAAGAAAGAUGAGCUGCUGAGCGCAAUGGUGGCGAAGCUGGGCAACCGUGAGGACCCUCUGCCACAGGAGUCCUUUGAGGGCGUAGACGAUGACGAAUGGGCGAAGUACCUGGCUCAGAUCGUGGUGAUGGGGGCGCAGGUGAUCGGGAGGGCGUUCGCGAAGGCGCUGAGGCAGGAAUUCGCCGCCAGUAGAGCCGCGGCCGAUGCACGAGGCCGGGCUGGUCAGCAGUCUGCAGCUGCUUCCAGCAUCUCCGGCAUGACGCUACAGGAGGCCCAGCAAGUCCUCAACGUCUCCACACUCUCUCCGGAGGAAAUUCAGAAGAACUACGAGCACUUGUUUAAAGUUAAUGACAAAUUGGUUGGUGGGUCUCUAUAUUUGCAGUCAAAGGUGGUGCGUGCCAAGGAGCGGCUGGAUGAGGAGCUGGAGAUUGAGAAGCAGGACCAGAGCUCCCAGACACGGAGUAAAACACAGCAGCACCCCGAGACCUGAGCGCAGGCAGCACCCUCCCCUCCCCUGUAAAUUAUAUCUCCAAAAUAAAAUCCCUUUUCAGUA